AUGGAAAACCUGUUACGGGCAAAGGGUCUAUGGAGUCUAGUGGAAUGCGGUUUUGAAGAACCAAUAGAAAGAACUCUACUCACAGAUGCACAACAAGGACUAUUGAACAAUACCAGAACCAAAUAUCACCAAGUAAAAUAUUAUCUCUUUGAAGCAAUAGAUAGAACUGUUUUCGAGCAAAUUCUGGAUCGACGCACGUCCAAGGUGGUGUGGGACUCACUGAAAAAUUUUUUUGGAGGAAAUGAAAAAGUGAAUAAGUCAUUGAGAAAUUCUCUAAGAAGAGAUUUUGAAAUUCUAAAGAUGAAGAAAGGAGAAAGCAUCAUUGAUUACUUUGCAAGAGUAAUGGUAAUUGCAAACAAGUUGCGCAGCAACGGGGAGGACAUGUUGGAUUAUAAAAUCGUGGAGAAAAUCUUGCGCACUUUGACUAAGCAAUUCACAUGUGUGGUAGUGUUCAUCAAAGAAUCCAAGGACACAGAUAACAUAUCCAUUGAUGAACUACAAAGCUCACUGGUGAUGCACGAGCAGAAGUUCAAUCGCGUUCACAAGGAAGAUGAUGACCAAGCUCUCAAGGUGGAAGAAAUAGCAAGGUAUGGAAGGGGUAGAGGCAAAGAACCAUCUCGAGGUCGUGGACGAGGUAGAGGAAGAUAUAAUGUGGAUAAAGCCACUAUUGAGUGUUUUAAGUGUCAAAAUUUGGGAAAAUAUCAAUUUGAGUGUCCUAAGUGGAACAAAGAAGCAAAUUAUAUUGAACUGGAAGAUGAUGAACUUCUAUUGAUGGCCUAUGUGGAUGAUUCUGAGAGAAAAAGGAGAGACGUUUGGUUCAUUGAUUCAGGGUGCUCAAACCAUAUGUGUAGGGACAAAGAUAUGUUUUCAAGCUUGGACUUGACAUUCUCCCAUUUAGUCAAGCUUGGAAACAACAACAGAAUGCAAGUAAGUGGCAAAAGAGUUGUUAAACUAGAGUUAGGAGGCAUUGUAUAUGGCAUAGGAGAUGUCUACUUCAUACCAGAUCUCAAGAACAAUCUAUUGAGCGUUGGCCAACUACAAGAGAAGGGAUUAACAGUGUUGUUUCAAGGAAAACUAUGCAAUAUCUAUCACCCACAAAGAGGUUUGAUUGCACAGAAUGAGAAGAGUGCAAACAGGAUGUUCACUAUUGUGUCAAAAUCACCAAGUGUUAAUAAUGUGCAGCAAGAAAGAAGCAAAGAAGUGAAUUGUUUUCACACAAAUGGAGAUGAUCUAUCUAAGCUUUGGCACCAACGAUAUGGUCACCUCAGUUAA